UUUAAAUUUUCAUUAAAAAAAGUUAACCUCAUUGGCAAGCCAACAGUUGAAAAAAUAUCGAAGUCCUUAAUUAACUUUGUAGUGACCCGCCCAUCGCUACUCAGAAGUUCUUUAAUUCAAACUCUUUCAUUCACCAUUUUCAGCUGUUAUUUCGUCGGUCAUCUCGUCUUAACACUUCUUCCUUGCUGUUCUUUUCUUUUCAAUCUCCGAGAAUUAAUCGAAAAUGAUGGAGAAUCAUGGUACCUUGGAAGCACAAAUAGAAUCAUUAUUGAAUUUAGAAAAGCAAAUGAGACUUGCUGGAGAUGUUGCUGGAACUAGAAAGGCUAUUUGUGAUAUUAUCCAGUUAUGCUUUGAGGCUUCUGCGUGGAAUGCCUUGAAUGACCAGAUAGAACUUCUAUCAAAGCGACGUGGUCAACUCAAACAGGCUGUGACAGCAAUGGUGCAGCAAGCCAUGCAGUACAUUGAUCAAACACCUGAUCUUGACACUCGUAUAGAGCUCAUUAAAACCCUAAAUAGUGUAUCAGCUGGCAAGAUAUAUGUUGAAAUUGAAAGGGCACGGUUGAUCAGGAAACUUGCUAAAAUUAAGGAAGACCAAGGACUUAUCAAUGAAGCUGCUGAGUUGAUGCAAGAGAUAGCGGUUGAAACCUUUGGUGCGAUGGCAAAAACUGAAAAGAUAGCUUUUAUUCUAGAGCAAGUUCGCCUAUGCUUAGAUAGGCAAGACUAUGUUCGGGCUCAAAUUCUCUCAAGAAAAAUUAGCCCCAGGGUUUUUGAUGUUGAUCCAUCAAAAGAAAAGAAGCCUAAAGAAGGUGAUGCCGUAGUAGAAGAGGCCCCUGCUGAUAUUCCUUCAUUGCUGGAGUUGAAGCGUAUCUAUUAUGAAUUGAUGAUUCGAUACUACAAGCACCACAAUGACUACCUUGAGAUAUGUCGAUGCUAUAAAGCUAUUUAUGAGAUACCAUCCAUCAAAGAAGAUCCUGGACAGUGGACACCGAUUUUGAGAAAAAUUUGCUGGUACUUGGCUCUUGCCCCACAUGAUCCGAUGCAGUCAAGCCUUUUGAACUCUACUUUGGAAGAUAAGAACCUUUCUGAAAUCCCAAAGUUCAAAUCACUAUUGAAACAUCUGGUGACAAUGGAGGUCAUCCUCUGGACAAUGCUCUGGAAAGAAUUUGAGGGUGAAUUUGACAAUGAGAAGAAUCUGCUAGGAGGACCUUUAGGCGAGAAAGCAGCACUAGAUCUUAGGCAAAGGGUCAUUGAACAUAACAUACUUGUUAUUUCGAAGUACUACUCAAGGAUCACCUUGAAGAGAAUUUCAGAGUUACUAUGUCUUAGUAUUGAGGAAGCAGAGAAACAUUUAUCCGAUAUGGUUGUCUCGAAGUCGUUGGUGGCAACAAUAGACAGGCCAAUGGGGAUCAUACGCUUUCAGGUAAUAAGGGACAGCAAUGAUAUCCUUAAUUCAUGGUCGAUGAACUUAGAGAAGCUGCUCGAUCUUGUUGAGAAGAGUUGUCAUCAAAUACAGAAGGAGAUGAUGGUUCACAAAGCUGUUCUUAAGGUUUAAAUUACUGGAUUAAUUUUGCAUGAUGUAUGGUUGUUUCUGUUAAUCAUUAGGAUUUUUGAAGAAGCAUAUAAUUCUAUGAUACUCUCAAUAGAAAUGCUUUUGAUCCAUCUUUGUUUUCUAGGCUUGACACUACUCAUAGGAGAUAGGGUUAUGUUAGAUUUGACUUCCAAUUUGUAUCAUCAUUCUUUUCUGGAUACAUUCAAGCUAUAAUGCUUUGCCAAAUGUUUUUUUUCAUCAAUUAAUUUUUUCUAAAAUAAAUUAAGCUUCUCAAA